AUGGAUACAUUACAUGCAGUUAUUUCUCUCUGCGAACAAUGGAAAUUUGCAAUUACAACACUAAUUGAGCAAUGGAAGCAAGAUAUUGAUAAUCCAUGGAAGGGUGACAGAUCAAUGAUUUUAGCUUUUGAAAUUCUUCAAAAAUAUGCUGAUAAGAUUUUAUCGUUGAAAUUAUUGAGCAAUCAAAUGAAUGAAUUAAUGGGAGAUAAAAGUGGAAAAAAAGAAAUAGAACAAAUUAUUCGAAAUGUUUUUGGUACAAUGCCUAUAUUUACCUAUAAUACCGCAAUGGAGCAAAAUUGGAAAACUAAAUUAUGGGAAGCAGAACGAUCCAUCGGACCAAUUGUGGAAAGAGCAUUACCUGUUUUGAGGAAACGCUUACAUUUUAAUCAACUCACUGAUGAUGCUGCAAUUACUAAUUUGAUCAAAUUUAAGCAUUUUUUAAAUUGCCAAAGUAUCAAAGAGAAACUUUCCAUGGAAAGGGAAACAUUACUUGGUCGUUUGGCAAAUGCGGUCGAAACGCAAAAACGUGAAGUAAUAGAACGAAUUGCAACAAAUGAUAUACCAAUUGGGCAAUAUCUCACGGAAAUUGCUACUAAACUUAUUUGGAUUCGACGAGAAAUUAAUAAGGUUGAAAAUAUCAAAAUUGUAUGCGACGAAUUGCUAAAUGAUUUAACAAGUUAUAAAAUAAUAGAAGCGAAAAUUCAAAAUACAAUUGACGAAAUGCAUUCAUUGGAAUCGGAUUCUUUUAGUAUUUGGUGCCAAGAAAUGAUUCAAAUUGUCAGCAAUUCGGCAAACUCAGUUACACUUGAAACAAGUGGUAAGCUAAUGAGUAUCGAACAGAAAAGUGGUAAUUUGAUUGUCAACUACAGCGAUCGUUUAGUGCGACUUCUUAGAGAAGUACGUCAGCUAAUAGGUCUUGGUUUUGCUAUACCGCGGAAAAUUAUUGAAUGUGCUAAUACCGGUGAGCAAUUCUACAAAUAUGCCAUCGUUCUUAAACAGGUAGCACAUUUUUAUAAUUCGGUGGAUCAACAAAUGCUUCCGUGCCAGCAGGCAAUGAUGUUAGACGAAGCUUUAGCUUUCGAAAAAUUACUACUAUCUGGAAAGAAAGGUGAAACAACAACAAAUACGGUUAGCUGGAAUAAUCCAAAGCAUCUUCAAGAAUUCAUUGAGAAGUUACAGGCAGCUGCUGAACGCUUAACUUUGCAUAAUAGACGAUUACGAAAAGCACACAGUGAAAUUUGCGACAAAAUAAAGCAGCUGAUGAAUUUGGAUCUUCUCAAGGAAAUCAGUAAGUGGAAGGAUGUUAUGGGUGAAAUACGAAAUAAAAUAGCGGAGCAAGAACGAAGUAUCGGUAAUCGAAAUAAUAUGAUACCGUGGUUAUCACACUGGGAUCGUCAACUUUAUAAGACACUACAGUUGCAAUAUCAAUGGGGUAUUGAAAGUCUUCAUACGCAAAUCCCGUUAAUUCAAGUCCAGCUAGUGUUUAAGGAUCAACAACUUGAAUUACGGCCACCAUUGGAGGAAAUUCGUGCAAAAUAUUAUCGAGAAUUACGGAAGUUCAUUAGCAUUCCACAGAAAUUUCGUGGUGUUCAAGAGAUUGAAAAAGCCAAUGAAUUAUUCGCGAAAAUGAUCGAACACAAUGCGAGUCGAUUUUGGAGUGUUUAUGAAAAAGCCGAACAACUAUUCGAGAAACUUGUUAAUGUAGGAAAUGAGUUUGAGAACUGGAUUGUUGUGGGCCAAGUUGAUUUGGAAAGCUUAAUUACAAAACAUUUCAAACGAGCUGCAGACUGGGAAAAUCAAAUCAAACUGCUGAAAGGGAAAGGACGCGAUGCGGAGAAAUUACCAAGUGAAGUAAGAUUGGAAUGUAUUCUUGUUUUAACAUCAGCCGUUAAAAUUGCUAUCGAUGAUAUGCUACAGCGUCUCUUCGAUACGUUGAUAUGGACAUUGAGAUAUUCCAUCAACAAUGAAAUUCACGAUAUCAAUCGUUUCCUAAACCAGGCAAUCGAAGUACUUAAUUCUAGACCUCAGUCAGUUGCCGAAAUUGCAGAUGCGAAUCAGAAGCAUAUCGAAUUUGGAAAAUCCAGUAAAGAGCUGAAGAGGACGCUUGGUUUGAUUGAGGAAAAAAAUGUUCUGUUAAGAUCGGUUGGCGGAAGUGGUGCUGAACAAUUACCAACCGUGUUAAAAUUGUGGGAGAAAUUUGAACUGAUGUUAGAUAGCCACCAGUCGAUGAUCAAAGAGCAGGUAGAGACACUGAAAUUAAAUGUUGGCACACGCCUGAAAUCACUAAAUGAUGAAAUUGAAAAAUUAUUUGUUCGCUGGAACCAAUUCAAACCGAAAAAUGAUCUUCUUGACGAUGACAGAAAUGCCGUGCUUGGAGCAAUACAUUUCAUUAAGGAAAAACGUGAUGAAUUCGAUGAGUUGCAGCAAAAACGAGAUACUUUAUUGGCUGAAUGUGAACAAUUCGGUAUUGAAAAAUCAGAAAUGCCGCUUUUUGAUGAAAUGGAAAAUGAUCUUAAAAACUGUGAAAAUAACUGGUUAUUGUAUGAACAGUUUAAUGUUGGCUUGCAAGAAAUGGCCGAUGAGGAAUGGAUUUUGUUCAGAUCAAAAACUUAUCGUUUUGAUGAUUAUUUGCAUGAAUGGGAUGAUAAAAUAAAAAAUUUGCCGGCCACACAUGUUACCAUUCGUUUACGCAAGGAAAUUGAUCAGUUUAAGGAAAUGAGUGCCGGUUUGAGAUACUGUCGAGGUGAAAUCUUAAGCAGCGAUCAUUGGCUAAUGUUGUUCCGAAUAUUGGGUAUGCCAAAAGGUACAACGUUGGAACAUUUGCGCUUUGGUAAUUUUUUGGAUGUUCAUAAAGUGAUCAGCGAAAAUUUGGAGGCAUUGAAGAAUCUAAAUGAACGUGCCCAAGGAGAAGUUACUAUUCGUGAAGCCAUUCAGGAGCUUGAACUUUGGGCCGAACAGGCGGAAUUCGUUCUAACUGACUAUAAACAUUCGAAUGGAACGGUUAUGAAAAUAAUCAAGGAUUGGAAAGAUGCAUUAAAUUCGGUAAAAGACAGUGAAGCAUUGCUCCAAUCGCUAAAAAAUUCGUCCUACUACGCCCAAUUCACUGAUAAAACAUCAAUUUGGGAAACACGAUUAGCUGACACUGAACAAUAUAUACAAUGGAUGAAUGAAAUACAGCGUAAAUGGAUUUAUUUGGAACCAAUCUUUGGACGUGGAUCUCUUCCAUCUGAAGCAUCUCGUUUCAGUCGGGUUGAUGUCGAAUUUCGUAUCGUCUUAAAUGAUGUAGUUGAAGAUCCGCGCAUCGUUAGCCUAAGCACACGAGCUUCGUUGAAGCGUACAUUGGAACAAAUCAUCGAUCAACUUAAUCGUUGUCAAAAAGCGUUGAAUCAAUUCCUUGAGGAGAAACGGAAUGCUUUCCCUAGAUUUUAUUUCUUGGGUGAUGACGAUUUGCUGGAAAUGUUAGGUCAGUUGAUGAAUGCAGCAGUAAUCCAAGCACAUCUUAAGAAACUUUUCCAGGGAAUUCAUAAAGUUAUAUUUGGUGAUAACGGUGAAACGAUAAUUGCGAUGGUUUCCAGUGAUGGCGAAAUUGUCCAGUUAUCAAAAUCAGUCAGAAUUCUCCCUGAAGCGGAAAAAUGGUUACAAGAGCUGUCCAAUGAAAUGAAAAAUACAAUCCGAAAACUAAUCACAAACUGUAUCGCUGAGACAUCUCCUGACCCUGGAAAAUAUCCAUCACAGGUUCUAUGUAUAUCGGAACAAAUUCGUUUUUGUGAAGGAUGCGAACGAAUUUUGAGUGGCAGAGGUGAUUUGCAAAACUACCGGAAGCAGUUAAAACAAACAUUAGCAAAUUACAUCAAUUCUGGAACAUCAGACCAUGUUUUGAAGCUUAAAUUAAAAGCGCUUAUAAUGGAUGUAAUCCAUAACAUAAAUAUCAUCGACGAACUAAUCGAUAAUUCGCCGUGCUCUAAAUCAUCAUGGGUGUGGCAAAAACAGCUACGAUUUUAUUUGGAAUCAAAAGAGCAAGUGGUAAUACGACAUAUUGGUGCACGGUUCGAUUACACCUACGAAUAUCAGGGUAAUGCGCCCAAAUUGGUUCACACACCGCUUACUGAUAAGUGUUACUUAACUCUUACACAAGCAAUGUCAAUGGGUCUUGGUGGUAAUCCUUAUGGUCCUGCAGGCACUGGAAAAACCGAAUCUGUCAAGGCACUAGCAAAUUUAUUUGGACGACAAGUUCUAGUAUUCAACUGCGAUGAAGGAAUUGACAUUUACUCAAUGAGUCGCAUUUUUAUUGGUUUGGUGCAAUGUGGCGCUUGGGGCUGUUUUGAUGAAUUCAAUCGUUUAGAUCAGACAGUGCUUUCGGCUGUAUCAAUGCAAAUUCAGGUCAUUCAAGAUGCAAUAAAAUCACGAUCAGGGAAAUGUAUGCUAGCUGACCGAGAUGUUCCUGUAGAUUUGAAUUCAGCGAUAUUUAUAACACUGAAUCCGGCAGGUAAAGGAUAUGGUGGACGACAAAAAUUACCGGACAAUCUUAAACAGUUAUUUCGUCCAAUCGUUAUGUCUGUUCCAGAUAACGAACUUAUCGCAGAAACACUUUUGAGUGCGGAAGGUUUUUGCAACGCGAAGCAGUUGUCGCGGAAACUGGUAUCAAUCUUCAGCUUAAGCAAGGAAAUGUUAAGCUCGCAGCAACAUUAUGAUUGGGGCUUGAGGGCAUUAAAAACCGUACUGCGCAGUUGCGGUAAUUUGUUGGCUAACAGGGUGGAUAAAAAUGAAGUUCAAGUGGUUGUUGAUGCACUGGCAUUGAAUACGUUAUCAAAGCUCACCUUUGAAGAUUGUAAACGUUUUAGCACCCUUAUCAACGAUGUAUUUUCAGAUGUUAAAAAAGACGCUAUGCAGAUUGAGGAAUUGCUAGAACCGUUGAAAUUGGUUGCUGGUGAAUUGAAGAUAGAAGUUACUGGUAUGCAGGUAAAAAAGAUAUUUGAACUGUACGAUCAACUGCGACAACGAAUGGGUGUAAUAUUGCUGGGUCCGAGUGGUUCGGGCAAAUCAACCAUAUGGAAAGUACUACAAAAAGCUAUGGCACUAAUAAAUAAGCCAGUAAAAAUUUAUCGAAUCAAUCCAAAAUCAAUGGCAAGACAAAAACUUUUGGGAUAUAUGGACAUUGAUACGCGUGAGUGGUCCGAUGGCGUUUUGACAGCAGCUGCUCGAGAAGUUGUCAGAGAUAGCAGUGUAUCAGCAUGGAUUAUUUGUGACGGUGAUAUUGAUCCAGAAUGGAUUGAAGCACUCAAUUCGGUGCUUGAUGAUAAUCGUCUGCUUACAAUGCCUUCUGGUGAAAGAAUUCAAUUUGGACCUAAUGUUAACUUCAUUUUUGAAACCGACAAUCUUGGUAACGCAUCCCCAGCAACAAUAUCUCGGAUGGGUAUGAUACUUGUAAGCGAGGAGCACAUGAGUAUUCAGGAGCUUAUCAGUAAUUGGCUUAAAGAGUAUAAUGAUGUCCAUCCAAAUAUGCUCAGUUGGAUCCGUGAUCAUUUAUACAGAUGCUUGGAUUGGAUUUGGACGAAAGGAAUCGUUGAAAUCAGUGUAAGUAGGACUGCUACAGUGAAAAAUGCGUUGAGUCAUUUAAGGGAUGUAACAUCAUGUGAUGAAUUUUUGGUAGCACUGUACCGUGGACUGGCUCAAAACAUUAGUCCGAAAUUUCGAAAUCAAUUCGCUACCGAGGUUGUGUUCAAUGAAAUAAGCUUGCCAGAUAAGCAAAAUCCUGGAAAUGUUUAUUACGACAAGCGAGCAAAAUCAUUAUUAGCUUAUACAGACGAAAUGAGUAUGCCAAAUAACAAUGAUCACUUACUAAGUGUGGAGCGUCCUUACAUUUUAACUGCUAAUGCACAGGCUAAUCGUGAUACUAUUCGCUCAUGGCUGGAUAACCGUAACAGACAACCUUUCAUAAUAUAUGGUGCAGAUGGCAGUGGAAAAGAAUGCUUGCUACGACAUUGUUUAGAAUUGGAUCCAAAUAGUCAAAUAGCUAUACUUCAUUGCAGUGCUCUAACAGGGUCUCAGCAAGUAAUAGAUUUAUUGCACCAGUACUGUGUACAAAUUAGUAGUGCAUCUGGAAGAGUGCUUAAACCUAAAGAGAAGCAAAAUUUGGUCUUUUACAUAAAAGCAAUUAAUGUUGUAAAGCCGGAUAAAUGGGGUACUUGUGAAAUAAUCGCUUUCUUGCAACAGCUUCUCACAUAUGAAGGAUACUAUAAUGAAAAAUUAGAAUGGAUCUCUCUGGAAAAUAUUCAAUUGGUAUUGUCAAUAACGUUGGCUAAUGAUGAAGGUCAUUACCUGUUACCGUCACGUUUCGUUUCUUUACUUAGAAUCUGUGCAGUUGAUUAUCCUACGAAGGAUGAGCUUAUCAUCAUCUACUCUUCAUAUUUGGGAUUUUUGAUAAAAGACUCGAUCGAGCCAUUGAGGCACCGAUUAAAUGACUUGGCAAGCAUCAUGGUGCAUCUAUUUAAUGAUGUACGGACUGCAUUCAAGCCAACUGAUAAAAUACAUUAUGUGUUCACACUAAAGGAUUUAUCAAAUUGGGUAUUUACCCUCACACGAUACGAUAUUACUGGUACUAAUGCUGGUGAAAAAUUUUUAUGUGCAAUGUUGUAUGAAUGUCGGCGAAUUUUCAAGGAUCGCUUGGUAAAUAAUGAGCAUAAACAACGAUUCGAAGAAAUCGUUAGUAAUAAUUUAUCAUCUGCUGCAGUAUGCAAUAUUGAAGAUAACUUGUACAUAUCAGCUCGAGGAGCUCUUUCAAUAACAAUGCUGAAAAGUACGCCAUUAUCAAUGGUACCACGUAAAGAAUACGCUAAGCUUUUACAACAAGCAGUCAAUCGAUACGAAUCCGAGAUAGCAAAUUUUAAAAUGCCAAUUUUUAAUGAAUUUGUCAAGUUAUGCUCUCAGAUUGACCGAGUUAUCACUACGCCCGGGGGCUCAUUGUUGCUAGCUGGAAGAGCUGGUAUGGGAAGACGUGAAGCUGCAUCGCUUGUUGCCAACAUGCAUCAAAUGCCUGUGUUCUCGCCUAAAUUGACAUCAUCUUAUGGAAUCAAACAGUUUAGAAAUGAUUUAAAAACGGUCAUCCAAGAUGCGGCAGUAAACGGUAAACAUGUUGUUUACAUUGUUGAAGAUUACCAGUUACUACAGGACGCAUUUCUGCAAUCCAUAAAUUCUUUACUAUCAUCUGGUAAUCUUCCUGGAAUAUUUAGUGUCCAGGAAUUCGACAGCUUUUUGGUAAACUUACGCGAACAAGCUUCGCAAGAUGCAUUCCAAGGCGACAUGUAUUCUUAUUUUGUUAUGAAAGUAAAGGCAAAUUUGCAUAUCAUCCUUAUUUUAAAUGUUGAUGAUGCUAAUUUUUCUGUAAAAUGCUCAUCAAAUCCGUCGCUAUAUAAGGAAUGUUCGAUCAUUUGGAAUGAAGCAUGGAAUAAGGAUGCUUUGUCAGAGUUAUCAGAAUCAAUUUUAUCGCGGCAUAACGUCAAGACAUCAAGUGAUAUACUAAUCGCUUUCGGACAAAUCUAUCACCAGUGUCCAGCCGAAAUAGCACCACCAGCAAAAUAUAUCCGAUUCAUCGAAAACUAUGCUUGUAUUCUGAAUAAAAAACGAACCGCUAUUGAGACACGAUCUAACAGGCUGAAGGCUGGAAUUGGUAAAUUGACGGAAGCACGUGAAUCUGUUUCAAACAUGCAAAAAAAAGCUGCUAAAAAGAGUAAGUUAUUGGCUGAAAAGCAAAGCGGUGCAGAUAUGGCACUGAAAGCAAUUUCACAAAGCAUGACGAAUGCAAAUUAUCAGCGGUCGGAUAUGGAACAACUUAAACUGGCAACUGUGAAAGAAAAUGAAAGGAUUGAGAAGCAAAAAAGUUUGAUCGAAGAACAAUUACGCGAGGUGGAACCUAUGCUACGUGAAGCUCGUGAAGCAGUUGGUUCUAUUAAAUCGGAGAGCUUAUCUGAAAUUCGAAGUCUGCGUGCUCCACCGGAAGCAAUCCGAGAUAUUUUGCAAGCUGUGUUGUUAUUUAUGGGUAUUUUUGACACAUCUUGGGAAGCGAUGAGAAAGUUUUUGGCUAGAAAUGGGGUGAAAGACGAAAUAAUUAAUUUUGAUGCCCGAGGAAUUUCACCUGAUGUCAACAAAAGGGUUUCUGCUCUUAUAAAAAGCAAGCAGUCAUCAUUUGAUCCAAAGAACGCAAAACGAGCAUCAGCAGCAGCAGCACCGUUAGCUGCAUGGGUACGAGCAAAUUUAGAUUAUUCGACAAUUUUGGAACGUGUUGCUCCAUUACAAAAAGAGAAAAAUGAUUUGAUUAAAAAUCUAAACGAAGCUGAGAAGCAAAUGGAAAAAUUAUCGAAAGGUCUACGAACGGUUGAUGAACGAGUUGCUGAGUUGAAACAUAACUUCGAAGUGCAUAUGAAAGAAGCAACACAGAUAAAGAUUGAUUUAGAUAAGCAGCAGGAAACCAUUGAUGUUGCUGGAACUCUUAUAGAUAGACUUAGUGGCGAGUAUGGGAGAUGGCAAGAGCAAAUCGGCAGUUUGCAAAAUGAACUUGAUUGCCUGGAAAAGGGUUCCCUUCUAUCUGCUGCAUUUGUAACGUUUCUUGGUUCAGAGUCAGAACAAGUUCGAAAUGAAAUUUUGAACAAAUGGAAGAAACUCCUCAAUUUGAGUGAUUUCAAUACACUUGAAUUCAAUGUUAUGGAGACCGAAAAAUUGAAUUGGAGUAACAAAGGACUUCCAACUGAUUCACUUUCGCAGGAGAAUGCCAUGAUUUUAUUUAAUACUACAGAAAUACCGCUGAUCAUCGAUCCUAGCGGACGAGCAUCGUUAUUUCUUGAAGAAUAUUUGAAAGAUAAGCAAUUAGAAAAAGUGAAUGCUAACGAUUCUAAUUUUCUUACUCAGGUUGAACUUGCUAUUCGUUUUGGCAAAUUUUUGCUUAUUGAUGAUGUGAAUAGAGUUGAACCUACUCUUAUCAGUCUUCUUCGGAAAGAUUUUUCGAAUCAAGGACCACGACGUAUUGUUCAAAUUGGUGAGAAAGCUAUUGAUUAUAAUGAUAAUUUUCGAUUGUACAUCUGCUCUAGGAAUAAUUUAUUGCGAUUAGAUCAAACAUCCAAGGCAGCCGUUGCCUUAAUAUGUUUCAGUAUCACACAAACGGGCCUUGCAUCACAAAUGCUCGGAUUGGCAAUACAAAUGGAAAAACCGGCUUUGGAAACUCGUUUAAAUGAAUUGACCGGUGAUGUGGAACAAAUGAAAAUUAAACUUGAUGGCAUUGAACAAUCACUUCUGCAAACAUUAGCUUCAUCCGAAGGAAGUCUUUUGGACAAUACGGAUUUGUUGGAUUCCUUGAAUAAAAGCAAAGAAAAUGCAGAAACCACUGCAAUAUCACUGUCUGAGGCUGAUAAAUUGCAGAAGCAACUUAUUAAGGAAAAGAAUGUAUAUCGACCACUAGCAGAAGCUGCAAGUAAUUUAUACUUCAUUAUUCAUGAUUUGCACAAACAAGACCCCAUGUACAACUUUAACCUCAAUAUUGUAAUAAACCUGUACAACCGUACAUUUAGCAAAGUUAAGGAAAGUACAAAUACAAUGGGACGAAUAGAAAAAUUGCGACGGGUACUCCAACAUACCGUUUAUGAAUAUGUAUCACGCGCACUUUUUAAAAAAGAUCGUUUGAUGUUUUCAAUGCGAUUUGUCCAUGGAAUACAACCAUCUCUCUUUGGGCAAAAUGAAUGGGAAUUAUUCACGGGUUUGAUUGUUGAUGAUGUCACGGUCUCUUCCAUGGAAGAGAUUGACUGGAUUGGUUGUGAACGAAAAGCAAAUGUUGCUAAAUUGCAGAAAUAUUUGCCUACAUUAUUCAACAAUCUUCGCUUUACGGAUCAUAGAUUAUGGAGUGAAUUUGCUCGUACGAUAAACUGCGAAACAGUAUUUCCACCUUCUGUCGAUGCAGUUAUAACACCAUUCCAGAAAUUGCUCGUUAUUCAGGCUGUUCGACCAGAGAGACUUUAUUUUACUAUGAUCAACUUUGUUACUGACGUAUUAGGAGUUCCGUCAAUCAAUCCACCUCCACUAGAUUUGAAGUCAAUCUACAAAUCAGAAAGCAAUGAAAAUGAGCCGAUCAUGAUAUUGAUUAGUCCUGGUGCAGAUCCAUCACAAGAACUGGAAGAAUUGGCUCGAAAAGAAAUAUCUAGAACGAAAUUUUAUCAAAUUUCGAUGGGCCAAGGACAGCGACAAGCAGCUCUUGAAGCAAUUCGAACAUGUGCUACAAGUGGUGGUUGGGUGUGCUUGAAAAAUUUGCAUCUCGCCGUCAGCGAUUUAGCGGCAAUCGAGAAGGAAUUUUUGACAUCGAAACGAGACCCUGGUUUUCGUCUGUGGUUAACUUCCGAAUCAAAUGAGCAUUUCUCUCCGCAGCUACUUCAAGCCUCAUUGAAAAUUGUUUACGAAGCACCGCCUGGCAUCAAGAAUAAUAUGAAAAGGAUUUAUGCUCAAUGGCAGCAAUCUGAGCUUAAUUUUAGUGCUGUUUAUUUGCAAAGUUUAUUUAUGUUAGCUUGGUUACAUGCACUUCUACAGGAGCGACGAAUGUUCAUACCUGAGGCUUGGUCGAAGUUUUAUGAAUUUAGCAACAGCGAUCUACGAGUAGCCAAGAAAUUUGUUGAAGAUAUUACAAAAGAUGACAAAGCUGUUGAUUGGCAACUACUUCGUGGCCUCAUGCAAACUGUUGCAUAUGGUGGACGUAUUGACAAUGAUUUUGAUAUGAACGUUCUAGUUGUUUAUUUGAAACGCUAUUUCAAUUCAUCCGUUAUUGGCAUAAAUGGUCCUGAAAUUGCGCACCAUAUUUCUGUCCCAUUUUCAAGCAAUAUCACGGAUUACACUAACAUCAUUAAUACAAAUAUACCUGAUGACGAUAAUCCGACAUUGUUUGGCUUGCCCUCAAAUAUAAGUACUGCACGUGAAAUAGCGGAAACGAAUAAAACGAUUCUCCAAAUACGUAGCAUGCCAGUUGUUGCCAGCGAAGCUGUAUUUGACAGGAAUGUAUGGAAUAAAGCUCUGAAUCCAAUUAUAACACUUUGGAAGCGACUCAAUUCUCAAUCAACGUUGCAUUCCAUGGAUAUACCAUUGGCACAGCAUACCGAUGAUCUCAUUCUAGAAAUUAUUUCCCUCGAAUAUAUUCAUGCAAUAAUGCUGGUUCAAAAAGUGCAUAAAUUCCUUGGUGCAAUAAGUAAAUGCUUACGUGGUAUUCAGUUGCUCACAUCAGAAAUUGCUAAUGGUGCACGGGCAUUAAUGAUGCAUCAAACACCAGAAGAAUGGCAAGAAGCAUGGAGAGGUCCAUCGGAUCCAGCUCAGUAUUUGACAGCUUUGAUACAUAAAGCUAAAUCAAUAGAACAAUUAUCACGCAUCAAUGACAGUCAUAAAAUAUUAGCUAAUCCAAUAAGACUUGGCAACAUUUUCCGACCUACCGCUUUCUUCAAUGCUUUACGGCAGUUAACUGCAAGGAAAAAGCACAUGUCAAUGGAUGAAUUCAAAUUAGGGACCGCGUGGAAUGCUGCAUUUCUAAAAAAUGAAAAUGUAAUGGAAAUAUCCGGAAUCCACAUCCAGGGAGUCUUUAUUUGAAGGACAUAUCGUUGAAACAAAACAAAUAUCGCCUACGGUUGCAACGGC